AUGUUACCGUUUAAAAGACUGUUUUCAAGACAAAUUUUGAGAAAAGAGCGUGACGAAUUAGUGGUGCUGUGUCGGAAUAUAUUCUGCAGCAGUCAAAAUUCUCAGAAAUCGGCGACAGGGACUGAGAAGAGCGAGUCGAAGAGGGUCGACAUUAUUUACAACUCUGAUCAUGUUCAAUUACGAGAAUCAUUAAGAAAAAUCAUAGAUAAUGAAAUUAAUCCAUAUGUUGAUCAAUGGGAAGCUGAGGGUCAUUUUCCUGCUAAAACUGUGUUUAAAACACUUGGCUCAGCUGGCUUUCUUGGAGUUACCAAACCAACAGAAUAUGGUGGAUUAGGCUUAGACUAUACAUACAGUGUUGCUAUGGGAGAAGAAUUGGGUUAUAUUAAUUGUGGUGGUGUUCCCAUGGCAAUAGGUGUUCAAACGGACAUGGCAACACCUGCUUUAGCCAGAUUUGGUAGUGAUAAGUUAAAGAAAGAAUUCCUACAACCCUCUAUAUCUGGUGAUAUGGUAUCUUGUAUUGGUGUUAGUGAGACAGGAGCUGGAUCAGAUGUAGCUAGUAUAAGAACUAAAGCAAGUCGUGUUGGAGAUGAUUUGGUAAUUAAUGGUGGUAAGAUGUGGAUCACUAAUGGAAGUCAGGCCGACUGGAUGUGUUUAUUAGCUAAUACUGGAGAAGGGAAAGCACAUCAGAAUAAAUCUUUAAUCUGUUUACCAAUGAAUUUACCAGGUAUCACAAUAGCUAAGAAGAUAGAUAAGAUGGGAAUGAGGUGUUCAGAUACAGCUCAGAUCUAUUUUGAAGAUGUAAAGGUGCCCCGAGGUAAUAUUAUCGGUGAAGAAGGACAUGGUUUUAUGUAUCAGAUGAUGCAGUUCCAAGAGGAAAGACUUUAUGCUGCAGCAGUUCUAUUAUCACCAUUAGAGAAGAUCAUAAAAGAAACUGCAAAAUACACAUCAGAGCGGCAAGUAUUUGGUAAACCAUUGCUCAGUAAUCAGGUCGUACAUUUUAAACUAGCAGAGCUACAGACAGAGGUAGAACUAUUGAGGUCUCUGUUAUACAGAGCUGUAGCCCUGUAUAUUGAAGGCAAUGAUGUAACCAAACUAGCGUCUAUGUGUAAAUUAAAAGGAGGUCGACUAGCUAGAGAACUGAUAGAUAGUUGUCUUCAGUAUUGGGGUGGUAUGGGAUUUACUAAUGAAGUUCUUGUUAGCCGACUAUAUAGAGAUUUCAGAUUGAUAUCAAUAGGAGGAGGUGCUGAUGAAGUUAUGUUGUCUAUUAUAUGUAAAUACAUGAACACACUACCAAAACAAUAA